AUGAGGAUGAGCUGCAAUGGCUGCAGAGUCCUUCGCAAAGGCUGUAGUGAAGACUGCACCCUCAGACCUUGCCUUCAAUGGAUUAAAUCCCCUGAAUCUCAAGCUAAUGCCACCAUUUUCCUUGCAAAGUUUUACGGUCGUGCUGGCCUAUUGAACCUCAUCAAUGGCGGCCCUGACCACAUUCGGCCUGUGAUAUUUAGGUCACUGCUAUACGAGGCAUGUGGGAGGAUCAUCAGUCCAAUACAUGGGUCAGUUGGGUUGAUGUGGUCAGGUAACUGGCACCACUGCCAAUCAGCUGUAGAUGCUGUGCUUAAAGGUUCACCGAUCAUGCAAGUCCCUAUUGACGAUGCUGCUGCUCAGGCACACGCUAUCAUGCCUCUCAAAGGCUGUGACAUACGCCAUCUCUCCAAGGAAUCCAAUGGCCUUCACCAAGUGAGAACUCGAAGCCGGUUCAAGCGGUCUGGUGGCCAAGGCAAAGGCAAGUUUGUCUCGACUAUCGAGUCGGUCACCGAUCCAAUUCGGUCUACUUCAUCUGGGUGGGACUCCGAUCAACCAAAUGAGUUGAACAGGGUGCUUUGUCAUGACUCAUUCUCUGCUGAACCUGAAACCAUAGAGUCUAACUUGGUGAAUCGGGCUGAACCGGUUUGGGCUGUGAAACCCGGGAGUAACAUAGACCAUAGUGAGAUUCUUCUGGAGCUGACCCUUGGUUUGAAUCCGAUAAUGAACCCAAAAAUUUCCGCAGUGGAAGAGCUCUCUGAUGGUUAUAUGUAA